AUGGAUCCAAUAAAGUACAUUUUCGAAAAGCCGGCUCAAACGGGGAGGCUUGCCUGUUGGCACAUGUUGCUAUCGGAAUAUGACAUCCAGUACGUACCGCAGAAAGCUAUCAAAGGAAGUAUUUUAUCAGAUUAUCUGGCAGAUCAGCCCGUAGAAGAUUAUGAGCCUCUCAAGUUCGACUUUCCUGAUGAAGACAUCCUAUUGAUUAAGAGAGAUUAUGAAGAGCCAGGUCCUGAGGAAGGUCCGGAACCGGGUCUCUGGUGGAGGAUGAUGUUUGAUGGUUCUUCAAAUUACAGUGGGCAUGGUAUAGGCGCAGAUCUGAUGAAUCCGAAAGGUGGGUUCACCCCUUUUACAGCAAGGUUAGACUUUGAAUGUACAAACAAUGUCGCAGAGUAUGAAGCAUGCAUUCUUGGCCUUGAAGCAGCUAUCGACCUCCGAAUCAAACUUCUCAAGGUAAGUGGAGAUUCAGCCUUGGUUAUUUAUCAAGUAAAGGGUAAAUGGGAGACGAAGCACGAGAAUUUAAUCCCUUAUAGAGCCUACAUCAUCGAGUUGAUUAAGUAUUUUGACGAGAUCAAGUUCGAACAUGUUCCGAGAUCUGAGAAUCAUGUGGCUGAUGCUUUAGCCAUGUUAGCAUCCAUGUGGAAGGUCAAAUUGGUCAAUGAAGCACCUCUCAUUCGAAUUGAACGCAGGACCGAGCCCGCGUACUGUCAGGUGGUCGAAGAAAACGAGGUGGAUGAAAAGCCCUGGUUUCAUGAUAUUAAGAAUUAUGUGCUCAAACAGGAGUAUCCCGAGGGUGCUUCCUGUCUUGACAAGAAGACAUUGAGAAGACUGGCAUCCCGUUUCUUCAUCAGUAAUGGUGUGUUAUACAAAAGAAGUUACGACAUGGUUUUGCUCAGAUGUGUUGACAAGCAUGAAGCAGACAUGUUACUUCAGGAGAUUCAUGAGGGAACCUUUGGGACUCAUGCCAAUGGUUAUGCGAUGUCUAAAAAGAUGUUAAGAGCUGGAUAUUACUGGUUAACGAUGGAGUUUGACUGUAUCCAAUACGCCCGGAAGUGUCCCAAGUGCCAGAUCUACGCUGACAAAAUGCAUGUUCCUCCUGCACCGUUGAACUGGGUAGAAGCUGCUUCCUACGCCAAUGUGACCAAACAGGUGGUUGCUCGCUUCAUCAAGAGGGAGAUUAUCUGCCGCUAUGGAAUUCCGAGCCGAAUCAUAACUGACAAUGGUACCAAUCUGAAUAACAAGACUAUGAAAGAGUUGUGUGACAACUUCAAGAUUGCGCACCACAAUUCAUCUCCUUACCGUCCUAAGAUGAAUGGAGCUGUUGAAGCUGCGAACAAGAACAUCAAAAAGAUCCUACAAAAGAUGGUUAAGACUUACAAGGAUUGGCAUGAGAUGUUACCAUUCGCUUUGCAUGGAUACAGAACUACUGUUCGGACUUCAACAGGGGCAACACCUUUCUCACUAGUAUAUGGAAUGGAUGUCGUCCUCCCCAUUGAAGUUGAGCUACCUUCCUUAAGGGUAUUGAGGGAAGCCAAGCUAGAUGAAGCCGAGUGGGUUCAAGACAGGUUCGACCAGCUAAACCUCAUCGACGAGAAGCGUUUGACGGCUAUGUGCCAUGGUCAGCUAUACCAGAAAUGGAUGAAGAGAGCCUUCGACAAGAAAGUCUGA